AUGGCGAAUCGAAACCCUUUCCCUUAUCGUGAAAAGGUAACCGAAGCAGAAGGGAUUGAGAGCGAAGAAUUACAGGACGAUGGUCAAGAAGUCUCAAUAGAUCAAGGAGUCUUACUAGACCAAGGUGCCAGAGUCUCACUAGAUCGAGAUUUAGGCAGGCACAGAGGGGACACAGAUGGAACAGGAGAGGACGCCAUCACUGACGACUUUGGGGGUUUGUGUUCAAGAAAUGAAUUGUUAUACGUCCCGGAUCCCCAUCUCGUGCCAAAAUCCGUAAAAGCAACAUCGCUGGACAGAGCUCUGGCCUAUCUUGAUUCCAUUUCAAAUCACAGGCCUACUGGAAACUACGCCCUUCAACGGUUUAUUCAAUCGCCAACAGUACCAUCAGCCCAUCUGGCAGAGCCUUUUAGCCUAAACACUGCUCCAACAGACCAAGAAUCUAGACAUGAGAUGGACAGACCGAGCGAUUCCUCAUGCUCAGAGCCUCCUGAAAUGAUAAGAUCAUAUUCACAGCCGACAUAUGGAAUAAACGGCCAGAUUGUACAGCUGGGAAAUUCGAAUUACUUAGCAAAGCAUAACCCGGUGUCUCCCUCCCUACCAUCAAGGUCCCGACUGCAGCUGGGCAAUCUGCAACAGCAACAAUUAGAAGCCAGCUCAAUGGGUAGGGCUACACAAUCUCUACCAGGAGAUUUGGAACUUGAACCACGUCCUGGCUAUGGGUCGAAAUCAGAACGGGGAAGUGUAACUACUGGAAUUGGUUCAAGUUUGGACCGACUACGUGCAUUAAGACAGCGAUCCACUAAUCCAUCCACCAACCGAUCCGCUUCGAAUGCGAGUCGCGAGCGUGAAGAGGACGAGUGGUUGAAUGAUGAUCUAGAGUUAUUAGAUUUUGCCCCACCUAUAACGACAAGCCCCAAAGAGGUAGAGUUUCCGAUUGAAGAUAUUAUUAACACCUGGUUGGUGGAUAAUGUAAGCGGGACAUCAUCAGGCCGAGUCAAUAUUACACCGAUGCAAAAUCAUCAAUUUGCACCUGAGCGGUCCCUUCUGCUAGACUAUCCUCAAAAUAUCAUAGCUCCAGAGGGAACGGCUCAAAAUUCUGGCCAGGCAAUAUCAUCGAUGUCAUUUUCAUCAUCUUUCUUGGUAGCACCGCCUGACUCAUCAGCAUCCCGACCCAGAGAACUUUCACAGUUCACACCACCACCGUCAGGCAUGGGAUAUUAUUCAUUAGAGGGACUACCCAGGGCUCCGCACAUUCAAUAUGGACUCUUCCCACCACCUGGAGUACUGCAUUCACAUGGAAUACCAACACCUAUAUCCCAAUCCUCAUUUGGAGUACAGAAUCCAUACGGGAUACAAACACGUAUGCCACAUGUACAAUCCUCAUUUGCAAUUGGGGUACGGCAUCCAUAUGAUCUACAAGCGUCUGGAGUCCCAUCCUCACCUGAAAUGAUAGGGAGACUACCACUACCACCACUACCACCGCCACAACCACAACCUAGGCCACCACCUGGGCCACCACCUGGAUUAAUGGGGGAUAUGCAUGAGCUAUCACCACGGCCGCUUGUGCCCUUCUCAACUGAAUUAAGGCUACUACCUGGAGUACCGAUACCUUCUAUACGGCCUAGUGUAACUGAAAAUCCGAUAGCAAAGAAAAAGAAAAAGGACACGCGCAAAUCGUUCCAGAGUCAACAAUACGGUUCUAGGAAGACAUCUUCUAGCACAUAA